AUGCCUUCCACCAAAGCGGCCAUGCCUGCCGCGGGUCUCAGAGCUCACUAUCUGAACUACCUCGAGGAGCUCAACUCGCACGCGGACCGAACAGACUGGCGACCCAAUCUUGCGACUUUUAUGGCGGAUAAAGUGAUUUACAACGAGAAAGUCAUGACUCGCCACGAGAUUGAGACUUUGGUUGCCGACGCAGUCCAAAAGCUCCCCGGAUUGGGCUUCGACGCCGUCACCAUGGUGAUCGACGAGGAAUCCUCCCAAGUUGCUUGUCGACUUGAGUUUAUCUCGACCCCCAAUGUGGAUUUUAUGGGUGUCCCUGCAGGACAGCGGUUCAAGUUCUACGAAUAUGUUUUCUAUGACUUCAUGGAUGGCUUGGUUGUCAAAGUGCAUCGGGUGUUUUCUGCUUUUGAGCUGCUCGUUUAG